AUGGCGGCAGGUGAAGGUCGGGUCUCAGGCCUCAGGGUCCUGUCCCGGACGCCGGUUGUCCUGGCGCUGGCGGUGCUGCUGGUCAGUGUGGGGGUGCUGCUGACUGUGGCACUGGUGCAGACACGGCGGACGCGACCCCAGCCCCCAGGGCUGAAGUAUGGUGUGGUCCUGGACGCUGGCUCUUCCCGCACAACUGUUUACGUCUACCACUGGCCAGCCGAGAAGGAGAAUGACACUGGUGUUGUCAGCCAGAGCCUCAAAUGCAGCGUGCCAGGCUCCGGAAUUUCCAGCUACGACAAGAACCCCGAAGAUGCCCCGCGGGCGUUCGAGAGCUGCAUGGGAAAGGUCUGGGAGGCGAUCCCCGCGCCCCUCCACGCCUCCACGCACCUCUACCUGGGCGCCACAGCCGGCAUGCGCCUGCUCAGGUUGCAGAAUGCGACAGCGGCCGCCGCGGUCCUGGCCAGCGUCCGCGGCUACCUGGAGGCGCAGCCCUUUGACUUCGGGGGUGCCCGCGUCCUGACAGGGCAGGAGGAGGGGGAGUGCGCCUGGAUCACCGCCAACUACCUCAAGGGGAACUUCGUGCAGAGGACACCGUGGCCGGCGUGGACACACCCGCAGGGCGCGCGGACGGUGGGCGCGCUGGACCUGGGCGGCGCGUCCACGCAGAUCGCCUUCGUGCCGGCCGAGCGGGGCUCGCAGGAGGCCGGGGCGCGCGUGUCUCUGUUCGGCUACUCAUACCCGCUGCACACGCGCAGCCUCCUGUGCUUCGGCCGCCAAGAGGCGGAGAGGAGGCUGCUGGCCGCGCUGCUGCAGGACGCUCCAUCCGCAGGCGAGCUGGUGAACCCCUGUUACCCCCAAGGCUACAGCGCGGCCUUCACCCUGGGGCAGAUCUUCGGGAGCAGCUGCACGGAGCGGCAGCGGCCAGCCGGCCUUCACCCCCUGCGCCAAGUCCUGUUUAUAGGCUCGGGCUCCCCAUCGCGCUGCGGGGAGAGAGUGGGUGCCCUCUUCCACCCCCAGCUCUGCCCAGGCCCAGGACCCUGUCCCUUCGAUGGGGCUGACCAGCCCGAGCCUCACGGCCCCUUUGUGGCGUUUGCUGGCUUUUAUUACACGGCCAAUGCCCUGAACCUCUCAGGCAGCUUCUCCCUGGACGCCUUUAACACCAGCACCUGGGAUUUCUGUAGCCGCACGUGGACUGAGCUGCCCGCCCUGCUCCCCAAGUUCCAAGAGGACUACGCGCGCUCCUACUGCUUCUCCGCCCACUACAUCUACCACCUGCUCGUCCACGGCUUCAAGUUCACCGCCAGCACUUGGCCCCAAAUCCACUUUGAGAAGCAGGUGGGGAACAGCAGUCUGGGCUGGGCGCUAGGCUACAUGCUCAACCUCACCAACCAGAUCCCCGCCGAGCACGCCCGUCCACCGCACCUGCCCGUCCCCGCGCCCAUCUUCGUGGGUGUCCUGGCCACGUUCACCACGGCCGCCGUGCUGGCCCUGGCCGUCCUCCUCUACCUCUGUGCGGGGCCCCGGAUCACGCACGCCCCUGAGCAGGCCUUGGAUGCUGAGUAA